AUGUCCCUCCAACCCACCAGCCUCACCCUCGCCCACCGCUCCAAACCAUCUCCCAAUCCCGCGGACCCCCAAUCGUCGUCAUCAGCUGCUCAAAACACACCAGACAACAAGUCAGACAGCUCUCUGCCUAACUCUGCAUCUUCUUCUUCUUCAUCCUCGGAGCCUGAUGCAUCUUCUUCCUCUUCGGAGGAGGAGGACGAGGAGGAGGAGGAGGACGAGGAGGACGAGGAGGAAGAAGAGACUGAGCCUGAUGGAUCCAGCAACAGAGUCACGUGGGACUGUUUCGCAUGCGGCGCGCUGGAUAGUGAGGGUGGGGUGUGUGACGCUUGUGGGUCUGAGCGGUGUUUGGCAUGUUUUUGA